UAUAUAUAGUAACAGAAUAUUUGUAACACUAUCAAUAUUCUUUAUUCGGGAUAAUUUUCCGUUCGUUUUUACUUGAAACUAAAAUUGAAAAGAAUGAAUUUAAAAUACCUAUUAUUAUUUUUUUGUUUAGUGCAAGUGCUACAUUAUUGCUAUUCAUAUGGUGAUCCAUCAAACGAAUUAGAUAGAGGCCUGCUUCCAAAAUGUAAACUUGUUCCUGAGCAGAUUUCAUUUAUUCUCUCUACUAGAGAAAAUCGGAAUGGUGUUUUUCUUACGCUAGAUAGUUUAAAGAAAGGCGGAAUAUUAAAUAAAUCUGAUCUAUCAUCGACUCAAGUUGUAUUCCUUAUACAUGGUUUCAUUUCAUCUGCAAAUAAUUCAAAUUACAUGGAUAUGACAAAAGCUUUGUUAGAAAAAAAUGAUUGUAUGGUAAUCUCGAUCGAUUGGAGGAAUGGCGCUUGUACUAAUGAAUUUCAAAUUCUUAAGUUUAUUGGUUAUCCUAAGGCCGUAGAAAAUACACGUACAGUUGGAAAAUAUAUUGCUGAUUUUAGCAAGUUACUCAUGCAAAAGUAUAAAGUGUCACUGGCAAAUAUACGAUUGAUCGGGCAUAGUUUAGGGGCACAAAUAGCAGGUUUUGCAGGGAAAGAAUAUCAAAAGUUUAAGUUAGGAAAAUAUCCUGAAAUUAUUGGGCUUGAUCCUGCUGGGCCUUUGUUCAAGUCAAAUGAUUGUUCCCAGAGAAUCUGUGAGACAGACGCACAUUAUGUUCAAAUUAUACAUACAUCAAACAAUUUAGGUACAGAGAGAACUCUUGGUACCGUCGAUUUCUACAUGAAUAACGGAUAUAAUCAACCUGGUUGCUAUUAUUCUUUUAUUGGAGAAACUUGCUCUCAUACGAGAGCCGUGCAAUACUUUACCGAGUGUAUAAGACAUGAAUGUUGUUUAAUUGGGGUCCCACAGUCAAAGAAUCCGCAGCCUGUUUCGAAGUGCACAAGAAACGAGUGCGUUUGCGUUGGAUUAAACGCAAAAAGAUAUCCUAAAACUGGCUCAUUUUAUGUACCGGUUGAAAGUAAAGCUCCCUAUUGCAAUAACAAAGGAAAGAAAAUUUAAUUAUAUAAAAAAAAAAAUUACUAUUAAUCCAAAUGCAUUUGUUAAUGGUAAAAUGAAUAAAUUAAGAUUUAAGAAAUAAUUGUAUAUAUAGAAUCUCGUCCCGUAUAAUCGCAAAAUAUUUAAUGGACGAUUCUUAGCAAAUUUAAAAAAUAAAAAAAAAUUUUAUAAAUAUA